AGCUGAUAACAGCCCCGACCCCCGGCCGCCGCCGCAGUUCCCCGGGCCAACAGUCCCCGGGCCAACCCCGGCCGGCCGCCUCGCCGCGCCGUCCUCCGGACCCUGGCCCCGGGCCCUGCGCGCUCUGCCCCGACCCCGGCUCGGCGCCCCGGACGGCGGCCCCCUCCUUCGGGCGGCGGGGUGGCUCUGCCCCGCCGAGCUUCCCGGGAUGCGGGCCCCCGGCGCGGGCACCCGCCGAGCCCCAGGUCGCUGAGGGGCCGGGCGAGGCGCGGAGAUGGGGGUGCGCGAAUGUCUUCUGCUGCUUCUGCUGUCCUUGCUGCUGCUUCCUCUGGGCCUCCCAGUCCUGGGCGCCCCCCCACACCUCAUCUGUGACAGCCGAGUCCUGGAGAGGUACAUCCUGGAGGCCAGGGAGGCCGAAAAUGCCACGCUGGGCUGUGCUGAGGGCUGCAGCUUCAGUGAGAACAUCACUGUCCCGGACACCAAGGUUAACUUCUAUGCCUGGAAGAGGAUGGAGGUCCAGCAGCAGGCUGUGGAAGUCUGGCAGGGCCUGGCCCUGCUCUCAGAAGCCAUCCUGCAGGGCCAGGCCCUGUUGGCCAACUCGUCCCAGCCAUCCGAGGCCCUGCAGCUGCACGUGGACAAAGCUGUCAGCGGCCUGCGAAGUCUCACCUCCCUGCUUCGGGCACUGGGAGCCCAGAAGGGAGCCGUCCCCCUUCCAAACGCAGCCUCCUCUGCAGCCCCGCUCCGAACAUUCACUGUUGAUACUCUGUGCAAACUUUUCCGAAUCUACUCCAAUUUCCUGCGGGGAAAGCUGACGCUGUACACAGGGGAGGCCUGCAGGAGAGGGGACAGGUGACCCGGUGCUCCCACCCCGGGCACGUCCACCACCUCGCUCACCACCACUGCCUGUGCCACGCCUUCUGCACCUCCACUCCCAACCCCUGUCGAUGGGCCAUCAGCUCAGCGCCAGACUGUCCCACGGACACUCCAGGGCCAGCGGUGAUAUCUCAGGGGCUAGAGGAACUGUUCAGAGCUCAACUCAGAUCUAAGGAUGUCACAGGGUCAGCCUGAGUCUCCAAAGCAGGAGGAAUUCAGAGAGUUCAACUUAAACUUGGGGACAGCGCCAUGCUGGGGAGACACUGAUACUCAUCUCAGUGCCUUGCAGAACCGCGAUGCUGCGUGAUGCUGGGACAAGCUGGAGGGCAAAUAAUUCCUUUUGCACCUAGCAAGCAGGGACAGGACGGACUGGAGAAUUUAGGGGGCAAGCCAUGAAUUCUCCGGGUCUCAUGGGGAUUCCGUGACAGCAGAGCCCGCUGGAUAAGGAGGGUGGUGGGAGCCGUGAAGAUGGGAUGGGGGCUGGCUCCUGGCUCUCACUGGGUCCAAGUCUUGUGUAUUUUUCAAUCUCACUGGCAAGAACUGAAACCGCAACCUGGCUCUUGGCUUUUCUGUUUUCCCGGGAGACCCCUACUUCCCUGGCUCUGUCCCCAUCCUGGCAGCAGGCUGCAGGUCCGGGAAACCAGAGGUGGAGGGGGCCGGGCCCUACGUGCUGCCUCGCAUGGCCCGUCUGACCUGUUGACCCCACUGGGCCUGAGGCCACAAGCUCUGCCCGCGCUGGUCAAUAACGUGGCUCCAUUCAAGGCUAGUCCUCAGUAGGCAUCUGGCCCAGGAUAAGUCUUUUUUUUUUUUUUUUUUUGGCUGAAUCGCACGGCUUGUGGGAUCUUAGUUCCCCAACCAGGGAUGGAACCUGGGCCCCGGCAGUGAGAGCACGGAAUCCUAACCACUGGACCGCCAGGGAAGUCCCCAGGCUGAUGUCUUUAGUGAGCCUCGGCUGCCGGCAAGGACACAGGAGCCAGCAGGAGGGGCCCCUUUGGGGGCUGGCAGCAGCUGCCCAUGCUCCCUGCUGGACCCUCUUCUCUGUGGCCGCUUCUUCUAAUGCCACAAGCCCAGCACCAGCCUUUGCCAUCUCAGCACACAAGCCCCCUCUAAAUCCAGUGGAACUUUCCUUGCCUGGGGAUGGUUACCAUGAAUGCUCUACCCUGAAACUUGCCCAAGGGGCAGUAGUAGAGUGGGGUACAGUGGGAACCAACUUCCCAGACAACCAUCUUGUUGAUCAAUCGCUCUGCCCAGAGCUACUGCAGGUAGUUCACUUAUAUGACCUCAUUUUACUCCUCACACAGCCCUGGGAGAAUGGCACUGCAGUCAUUCCCAUGGUACAGAUGAAGAAGUAAAGUACCUUGCCCGAGGCCAAGAUGACAGGAUCCCCCAUCCUCCCAGCACUCAGCCCCUUCCCUCUUCUUCUUAUUUCUGCCACAUGAGCCCUCCCAGCUCCCCUGGGAUGGGGGACAUGGGACAAACUCACUCCAACUCCACAGUUGAUCCCUACUUGCUUCUUUUUCUCUUUUUUUUUUUGGCCACACCGCAUGCGGGACCUUAGUCCCCCAACCAGGGAUCUAACCCGUGUCCUCUGCAGUGGAAGCAGAGUCUUAACCACUGGACCGCCAGGGAAUUUGUACUUCUAAUUUUACCCUUUCCCCUGACAAUCAAUUUCAAAUUCCUUCCCAGAAAUAAUGUUUCAGCUGCAAAGUAACGCCCGAGAGAGACCUGUGCAGAUAGCAAAAGCUGUCACAGAACUGUGCGGGAACCCCCGAUCCUGGCCAUUAUCGUACAUGGAUGGGGGGAUCGGUCUUUCACUUAUAUCACAAAACGGAGAAGUCAGCCUGCACCCUGGCAAAUAUGCACAAAGCAGGGAAUGUUUUGCAAUCUGCGGCAGGAAGAAUAUGGGCAGGUUGGGGGGUUGGAAGGUAUUUGCCAAGUAUAUGUGUGUGAGAGGGUAGGGGUGAACUUGUGGUGGGAGGAGUCAGCCAAGGGCAGGACCCAAGGAGAAUUUUCACUCUGGCCAACCCUGCUUCUGGGCUACAGUGCCCUCUUCAGGCCCUCUUGGGAAAUGCUAGAGUAAUCUACAAGCUAUAGAACCCUGAGGACUCUGACCUUGUGCAUUUCGAUAAAAAUUCGUGUUAUGAUUUCCACACAUGCCAUCCGGUUCUUGCUCCAACGCUGUGAAUCAGGAAAGAAGGAAUCUCUCUUUCUCGCUGGCAAAACUGAAGCUAAGAGACUUGUCCUGAAGCCCAGGGAAUCCAGCUAGUAAGUUACAGCUGGGACCUGAACUUGAGAUUUAGAACUCAUAACCCCAAAGUCCUGUCCACCUUUCAGCCUGAUGUGCUGCCUAAACAUCCCCUGGAUCUUUUUUCCUCCUGACCUUAUUCCUCGACUUCGUUUCAGACUUCUUACUGCUUUCAAUUAAAGAAAAAGAAAAAAAAAAGGAGUUAACAGAACCUGAAGUAUAUGACCUGGGUCAGGUGUGAUGGGCGAGUAGGUUAAGAACGUAAUUUUAAAACAUACUUUAGUAAAGCAAUUAUACUGCAAUAAAGAUGUUAAACAAAAAAAUUAAAUCACUUUUUCGACUAUAGGACUUCUCACAGACUUUAGUGUGCUAGCGGGCUUGAUAAAUCUCUAAGGAAGGAAUAGGGUUUCCUAUUUCAUGAACUUUUAGACAGGAGUCCUUUUCUUUUUCGUGGAACAUCUUACAGGACAGAUGGAACAGUUUUAGAAACUCUGAUUUAGUAAAUAAAAGAAAUAUAUUAAAAAAAAUACUUUAUUCCACAUUUACGGAGUGCCUACCGUGUUCCAGCCUUUGCACUAAAUGCUAGGAAACUUGGAAAGACGGUCUGUGCCACUCACAGCCCAGUGUCCUCCUAGAGCGGGCAGUCCUGGUGGCAAAAAGACAGGUGCUCAUGAAUGUAGGCGUAGACAGAGCCAGCUUGGCAUGUGACUGGGUCCUGAGGGGGGGGCGCUGAGAGGCCUGGAUGGGAAGAACCUGGUGACACCUACAGUCCCUGCGAAGAGACACAGAUAUGCAAGGAGGGCGUGGCCAGAUUUCCCAGGUUCUUCAAGUGCGGACCAGGGGUGUAAAGUUUCUUCUGCACCACUGUUACGAUGAUUAACAACAUAUUAAUCUCUGGCACUUACACGAUCUGCUCUGAUUCUCACCAUCACUCCAUGAAAAAAGGAGGACAGUAGGGCAUCAUCCUCUUUUGUCAGACAGGGAAAGUAAAACUAAGUUCCUCCAGGUAAGUGACCAAGCCAGCUCUUCUGACUUCCGGGUGGGACAGGAGCCAGCUCAGCCCGGUUCUGAGUCAGCGGGUUACAUAACUGUUUCAUGGAGACGCAUUCUGUUUGUAGAGUGCUUUGCGAUUUCCAAGGUGCUUUCCCGGGCAGUCUCACAUUUGCUCUCCUAACCCCAUGAGGAAGGCAGAGACAGGAGAGGAUCCCCGUUUUGCAGAGGAGGAAACCGAGAUCCGGAGAGAUUAUGAAUGGGUCUGGCCCAGGUCGUAAGACACUGAGAGGACGUGUCAGGACCAGGAGCCAGGCUCUUGGACUCUGGGUCCCUCUUCUACUAGAAGCAAGGAUCAUGGGGAGAAGAGAAAGCAGAGGGAGUGGACAGAGGAGAGGAAACAGCUUCAGUCAGAGAGGCAUGAGUCCCAUCCACUUCUCGCUACCAACUCUUUCCCGCUCCAUCCCCUGCCCCCGGUGCCCACUUCCUCCCUGGAAAGGCAGAAAGUGCCUAUCACCCUCCCCACCACCAAAUCUCCCAGCACUGGGGCCCACCUCAUCUGCCUCCUGCAGCGCCAGCUCCCACCUCGACUGCAGCCUCUUGGCUCUGGGUACCACUGGCCCAAACGGUCUUCCUGGGCCUGAGCAUCAGGCUGACCAAUGCAUCCGCCUGACCCCAGCCUCCAGGCCACCUGGGAUUCUCCUGGAACUACUCAGUCUACUGGUCUCCCACAGUAGGUGAUUGUUGCUAGAGCUGAGUUAGCUAAAUGAGGCCUCUCAGACACUGGAAUCUAGGCUGAAUGUUAGCUACAUUAUUUCCAGCUGGUCAAGGCUCAUUCCUCUUAAAAUUCCAUCAUAAAACUGUGACAUUAUAAAAGAUUAUUGGCAACAGAAAAACAGAUAGCAGGAUGGUUUCCCAGCCUACGUGAGUCAUGCCCAAAUGUCGAUAAACUCCCUCCUCGAUUCUAAAAAAUGAGUUAUUAAAAAAAUUAUACCACACACGCACCAUUUCUGGUUUUUAAAAAACCUUAGCUGUGCUGGUCUCUCCAUCUUACAGAUGAGGAAACUGAAGCCCAGAGCAGAUGAGCAAAGUGUCCAAGGACACACAGGGAAGCCAGGACUGGCUGCAGCUUCCUGGAGUGAUUCCCAGGUUCUUCCACAUCCCAGGGUCCCUCACACCUAUUCCUGUCAGUCUUGUCAGGUGACAAAGCCUCUGGGGCCUUGCCCGUUCUGGACUCCCCAAAAGGCAGAGCCCGUGGUUCCCUCCCACACCACAUUCCUUCCUGUCCUGCCUGAGCACCAACCCCCCACCCCCAGACAGGCUGGAAGCUGUGACCGUCCAGCUCUGCGGCGCCAGAGGGAGGUCAGCGAGAGCAGCCCUCAGAGGACUUAUUGCCUAACCUGGAGGGGCUGGGGAUCAAUUGGCUUCUGCUGCUUUUCCCUGGGUUAACCCUUUCCUGGCUUUGUCCCUUUGUUGAAUGCUCUCCUAACCUGCUCUGGAGGAAGGGAAGAUCGGGGUUUGGGCUGGGCAUCCUUUACACCCCCAGCUUUGAUAUAAAGGGGCAGAGGAUCUCUCUUUUUCGGGAUUGACCCCCUCCGUGGGCUCUGUGGGUGCUCACUUGGGCAGAAGGAGCCCCCAGGACUCCGAAGGGGGUUGGGACUUCCCGCUCCAACACCUGGGGCAUGACAGCACCGGCCCCUCCCUGACAGCUCAUGAGAAUAGCUGGCCCAGGCAACCCUGUCACAUGUCAGGGGCCAAGGCCAGGCACACUGGGCAUAGAUUUGACAGUAGGGACGGGGGCUGCCAAAGUAAAGGGAAUGAAACUGAAGAUUUCUAGGAACACCUGGGCGUGGGAUACAGGAACUCUGGAUUCACGAUAGUUCAUCUUGCUGCCAGGCCAGCCCACCAGCCAAGAUAGAGCCAUGAGCAAGCGUCAGUGCUGUUUUUAAGAAGCGGCAAAACCACCCUCUUAGCUGCAUUCUCAUGUAGACUUGCUAUUGAUGAAACUGACAAAGGCAGAUCUGCUCUGGCUGGGAUGGAACCCCGGCCCC